UCCCGACCUUUGCCACCAUCUCUGAAGCAUAUUCCAGCCACAUAUAAUGUGUAUUUUGAUCCAGAAUUGGCAUUUUACAUGGACGACUUCCCAAGACGACGACAUACAAGUAUAGGAUACAUUAUCGCUAGCAAUGCUGUCGGCAUAACAAUUUACGCGGCACAACCACAAGCCACGAUCCACUACUUUCGUCCUAAUGACUUCACCUUUCUUUUUGGAGAUGUUUUCAAUGAUUCUCAUAUUUUCUAUUCGAGGAUUGAACAAGUAAUAAACGAAAAAUUAACUUCUACCGAGAAGAAAUUAAAGGCAACCGAAGCUGACAAAGAAAGGACCUAG